AUGAGAAGGCCAGCCUUGUCUUCCACUUCUGCCUCUCGUGCCUCUGGUUCUCAUGCCUCUGAUUCUCGUGCUUCUCCUCUGCAAUCGUUGCCUCCUGGAGGGAUUUGCGAGUGUGGUGAGUUGAUUUUGUACUUGACUUCACACACUUCAAUUAACCCAGGUCGCAAAUUCUGGAGAUGCAGGAAUUUCAAGACAGCCAAAGAUUGUGGAUUUUUUUUGUGGGAUGAUAAUCUAGACGGGCAAGGGCAAUGUGAUCAAAGACAACAAGAGGUUGAAUUACUGAAAACAAUGCUUGAAUUGGAGGAUUUGAAGAGGAAACAUGAUGAACUGAGCAGGAAAUUUGAGGAAAGCAAGAAGAAGAACAACAAACUGCAAAGGAAGCUUGACUGUGAAACCAUGAAGAAUAAUGUGGCAUUUUUCAGUGUUGGAUUUGCUGUGCUGCUGUGGGUGGUGGGAGAUUUAGGGUUAGAGAAGAGGUUAGAGAUUUAG